AUGCCGAGAGCCCGGGGUCAUCGGCGUGCUCAGGCCGUGAGACGCAGGCUGGCGCAGCCCCAGGACUGGAGUCCUGCACCUGCUGUUCCGGAGUUUGUGGCCCGGCGUGGCACAGGCUUUCGGCACCGUGUGCGGAGAUGGCCAACUUCUGUCCUGACCGGGAAGUCCCGCAAGUUGGUCACUCCUGCCCGGGAUCCGGAGAAGAAGAUGGUGUUCGUCGUUGGAGACUCGCACCUGAGGGCCAUGGUGGACGGGUAUGUAGCUGUGCCCGAGGGACCUCUGUGCUUCUCCUAUCUGUGUGUUCCAGGUGCAGGGGGCUCCCAGCUGAGGACGGAGCUCCUGCAUGCUGACCUGCCCUGGACCCCAGAUGCUGUGUGUGUGUGCGCCCCCAGCAACGACCUUGUGUCCCGGACUGUGGACAGUGCAGGUCUCGACUUCAGUGCUCUCUUGACCACGGCCUGCAGCUUCUGGCCCAAGGUGUUCGUGCUGGACUUCCCUCCACGCCUGAACAUUGAGCCUGGCCUUCAGGAGCUGCUGCGUCAGGAAUACCAUCGUGUCGCAGCACGUAUGGGUGUCCCGUACGUGUCUGUGGCAGAGCACUUUCCCCUGCACCGGUUGGAGCUGUGGUGCCCUGACCAGGUGCACUUGAGUGACUCGCAUGGGAUGGAGGUUUUGGUCCAGCUGCUGUGGGAGGCUGCUUUCCAGCAGCUGGUGCCUCCUCCAUCCCAGGCACCGGUGCGUCCCCCUGCGCCAAAGCGUGCCAGGGUUGCUCCCAGGCUGGUGGUGACGGGACACGUCCCCGUGCCCCGUCACAGGAACCCCUGGGAGUGGAGUGUGGUUGGACAGGGGGGCAAGGCUGCACGCCCGGCGGAGGGAUCCUCUGCGAUCCCUCCCAACCCGGUGUGGUUCCGGGGGCCCAUGUUGGACGCCAUGGAGAAGCUGGCCAGGUAA